AAACGAGGACAAAUAACACUACGUUGUAGAUGACAUGCCACUAUUUCCUUUGCCCAAACAGUAAUAAUUCAUUUAUGCCGUGAUUACGCAAAGUUGAAAGCUGGUAAAUAGUCGCUUUCCACAAAUAGUCUUCAUAAUUAACGAUAAAAGAGUCAGCCAUUCCAUUGUGGUUGUGAAAUGACUGAGAUACUUGUUUGUAAUUGAGAGUAUUAUCGCACUGAAUCCUCUGCAGUUGGGUAGAUGACCUAUGACGCCAUUCGUCUUAGUUUUCUGUCAUUGAGUUGGCUUAAUAUAUCGAGAAAGACAACAACUGCUUAAAGUGCAGUUGAUUAAAGAUCAAAAUGUGGAGGAUUUUACCAGCAGAUUUUCCUAAAAACGGUCCUAUUAAACCAUCCCAGCUCAAAAGACCUAAACGUUAUAAAGUUGCAAAAGAGGAAUUUGAAGCCAAGUUUAGUGAGGAAGAAUUGAGAUCUAGACUGACUCCUGAGCAGUAUCAUGUGACCCAAGAAAGAGGAACAGAAAGGGCUUUCACUGGCGCUUACUACGACAAGAAGGAUCCUGGUGUUUAUAAGUGCAUAGUUUGCAAUAAGGAACUUUUUGAUUCAAAAACUAAAUUUGACUCACGAUGUGGCUGGCCCUCAUUUUAUGAUGUCAUUGAUGACGCUAAAGUCAAAAAAAUUGUAGAUACGUCGCAUGGAAUGCAACGCAUUGAAGUUGUCUGUGCACAUUGUGGAGCUCAUCUUGGUCAUGUCUUUGAUGAUGGUCCUAGACCAACUGGACAACGAUAUUGCAUCAACUCGGCUUCAAUUGAUUUUCAAAGUAUAGGUGAAAAGAAAAAUGAGAAGAAAAGUGAAUUGUAGAAAUAUUUUACCAUUCAUAUUGUUUGAAUUACUGAAAUAUAACCCAUGCUUUAUUGUUUACCAUUAUAUGCAAGAAUAAUAUUGUCAUUUAAGAAUUUAGAAAAUUCUUUCAUUCAUAAUAUAAUUAUUGUCUCAUUCCAUGUCUAUAUAGAAACUGUAAUUUAUCUAUGUUUUAUCAAAUAAAAUUGUUAGAGUUUAA